AUGGCACCAAAGAAACAUAGUCAGCAGUCCGGAUCAUCACUGGAAUCAAUUACAAAAAUUUCACCCAAUGUGAAAAGAUAUUCCGAAAUUAAAGGAAAUUCAACAUCAUCCAAUAGUAAUUCCAAGAUUGGAGAAUAUGGUGUCGUCUUUUCACAAGUAAAAGCAAGAAAAUGCAUCGAGGAUUAUAAACCACAAGACGAAUUAGAGAAAUGGCUCUUGAAACACAAUGAAAAGAAUUUAGUUUUAUGUUUAGAACAUCCAACACAUGUGUCACAACGAGGAGGACAUUAUCACAUCAUUUUCAGAUCUCAACAAAUGUAUAAUGAAUAUUUGAGUGCUUGGAAGAAGACAAUACUUGAUAAAUCUAAAAUGUACAUUGAGGAAAUGAGAACUAAACAUGCAUUUAGAUUAUAUGUUGAUAUUGAUUUGAAAGUGGAAAUUGAAAAACCAUGUGAUAUUGUGGAAUUGGGAUGGGUUGAUAGUAUUAUGCAAUUUACAAAACAAUAUUUUCCUAAAAAAGAUAUUUCAAUGGUAUUGACACAAUGUCAUGGAAAAUGGGAAGAUGCUGUUACAACUACAGCCAAAUACAAAUCAGGAUAUAGACUCUAUUUCCAUGAAAUUAUUGUAGAUUAUGAUACAUUUUGUGAUUAUACACAUCAAUUAUGUAUGAUGAUUGAGGAAAAAUUUAAAACUUAUGAAGGAAAACCAACUGAAUGGUCAUUUGAAGAUAUCAUUGAUUUGAAAACUUGUAAUCAUCCAAGAUGUAGAUUAUUUGGAAGUUCGAAAUUCAGAAGAGGUGAAAUAUUACCUCGAGUUUAUGAAUUCUUUGGAUUGUUCUCAAGUGAAACGUUGAACUUGGAUGAGGAAAGAACAAGAGUAUUGAGAGAAGAUAUGAAUCAAUUAUUAGAGCUCACUAGUGCGAGAGUAGAAGAUCCAUUCGAUGAAUAA